AUGUAUUAAUCAUUCUUCAGGGACGAGCAGCUGAUCUUAGGCACAUAGAGAUGUGUGCCCGGAAGAUUGCUGAGGAAGCAGAAGGGAACAAAAUUGUGGUGGAGAAAUCUACAGUUCCUGUGCGUGCUGCUGAAUCCAUUACCCACAUCUUGUCAGCCAACACAAGGCAUGGAGUAUCUUUUCAGGUACUGUCUAAUCCAGAAUUUUUGGCUGAGGGGACUGCUAUUGAAAACCUUCUCAAUCCUGACCGUGUACUGAUUGGUGGGGAAGAGUCAGCUGAAGGUGAUGAAGCUGUUGCACAACUCACUUGGAUCUACAACCAUUGGGUCCCAUCAGAAAGAAUCAUCACAACAAGUACCUGGUCGUCUGAACUUUCUAAGUUGGCAUCAAACGCUUUUCUUGCUCAACGUGUGUCAAGCAUCAAUGCCAUCUCUGCUGUGUGUGAAGCCACUGGUGCAGAUGUUUCUCAAGUGGCAACAGCUGUGGGCAGGGACUCACGGAUUGGUUCAAAGUUCCUCCAAGCAUCUGUUGGAUUUGGUGGUAGCUGCUUCCAGAAGGACUUGCUGAACCUUGUUUACAUUGCUGAGUGCCUCAAUUUGCCUGAGGUAGCAAUGUACUGGCAGCAGGUGACAGACAUGAAUGAAUAUCAGCGGACCAGAUUUGCCAAGCGGAUCGUUGAGUGCCUUUUCAACACAGUUUCGGGCAAAACUUUAGCAGUAUUUGGUUUUGCUUUCAAGAAAAACACUGGUGACACAAGGGAGAGUCCAGCCAUCUAUGUAUGUUCUCAUCUGUUAGAAGAAGGUGCUCAGCUCAAUAUAUAUGACCCCAAGGUGGAAUGUAAACAAAUUGAGCUUGAUCUGACAAGUGCAGCUGUAACAGAUAAUCCAGAUCGUGUUCGAAAGCUGAUCGACAUUUACACGGACCCUUAUGAUGCAGUUAAAGAUGCUCAUGCAAUUGUUGUGUUGACUGAGUGGGAUGAAUUUACGGGCUACGACUACAAAAAGAUGCUGUCGGUUAUGAAGAAACCAGCAUUCGUGUUUGAUGGGCGUAAGAUCCUAGACCACCAAGCCCUCAUCAAGAUAGGCUUCCACACAGAAACUAUCGGCAAGAGAUUUUCUCGGAACACUCUGCUGAGAUCCUCUGGUGCGGAUAUAUAGAUGGCAUGCAAGUGUGUUUGUUACCAGGACAUGUGUGAUUGAUUUAGCUUUUUGUUUAGUUAUUAUGUUAGAUUUUAUUGGAAUAUUCGUUUCUUACUUGCAACUCUUUUGUUGGCAGUUGUUGUAGUUUCUAGCUAUGGUAUAAUUGUCCCCAAAAUAAUGAUUCAUUCAGUUGAAACUUAAAAAUUUCUGAAUAUCUCUCCUAAUUACUAGUAAUAUUGUCAUGAUGUAUUUAUUAAUAUGCACAUAAGAAUUUGCAUGCUCCUUCACAGUUAUUCUGUUUUUACGUAACUAAUUUUAACCUCAUUCCACUGUCCUGUGUACAUGUGGGAAAGGUGCAAUAGAAUUUACUGUACUACUGUAUGUAUAAUUAUUAUAUUGUCACUAUUUAUUCAAUCCUAAGAAUUUACCUAUUGGUAUACAAGUUUACCUGUUUGCUUAAACAGUGAAAACUUAUUCACUCUUUAUUAAAUAACUGUAUAUUGCAUGAAA